GCGCUCGUUUCCGGAACACAUCAGUGGUGAGAGAGAGUGCACUAGACUAGAGGAUGUCGGACAGGAUGGAGUGCACAGGAGAGACUUCAUCCAAGACAUAAAACAGCCCUAACUUUAUCCAAGACACAAAACACCCGUAUAUCUCACACGACCGGCGUUCACUGAAGAAGAAAGGGCGUUUGAGUCACUUUUAAAGCGGCGUGCUUCCUCUGCGGCGCGCGGAGCCGAAUGUAGGUGUUCAGAUCUUAGAGACACGGGACACGGGCUACACGCUCACCGCGGGGGAUGUUAUCGGUACUCUCCUAUGGCAGGAUCGUGGCCAGGGCUGUCCUGGGCGGACUCUCGCAGACGGACGGCAGAGAUUACCGCCUGGUCACGGCCAGCUGCGGCUUCGGGAAGGACUUUCGGAAGGGGAUCCUGAAGAAGGGCAUGUGUUACGGAGACGACGCCUGCUUCAUCGCCCGGCACAAGUCCGCGGAUGUUUUGGGUGUUGCGGAUGGCGUCGGGGGCUGGAGGGAUUACGGCGUGGACCCGUCCCAGUUCUCUGCCACCCUGAUGAAGACGUGUGAACGGCUCGUGAAGGAGGGCCGCUUCACUCCCAGCAGCCCCGUGGGCAUCCUGACCUCCGGCUACUAUGAACUCCUGCAGAACAAAGUACCGCUGCUGGGGAGUAGCACAGCUUGCAUAGUCGUUCUGGAUCGUCGGAGUCACAGGAUACACACCUGUAAUCUGGGAGACUCAGGCUUCUUGGUGGUCCGAGGUGGAGAGGUGGUCCAUCGGUCAGAUGAGCAGCAACACUACUUCAACACACCCUUCCAGCUGUCCAUAGCCCCGCCGGGGGUCGAGGGCGUGGUGUUGAGUGACAGUCCUGAAGCUGCAGAUAGCUCUACCUUUGAUGUCCAAUUAGGGGACAUCAUUUUGACCGCUACUGACGGCCUCUUCGACAACAUGCCUGACUACAUGAUCCUGCAAGAACUCAAGAAACUCAAGAAUACCAACUAUGAUAGUAUCCAGCAGACGGCCCGCAGCAUUGCUGAACAGGCCCAUGAGUUGGCCUACGACCCCAACUACAUGUCCCCUUUCGCCCAGUUUGCCUGUGACAAUGGGUUGAAUGUAAGAGGGGGGAAGCCUGAUGACAUCACAGUACUUCUGUCCAUCGUGGCAGAAUACGCAGACUGAGCAUGCUCAGUGGAGCUUGCUCUUCUCUUAAACCUGUGUCUUCCACCCCUCUUGUAUUGCACUGCUCCCCAUCUCACUUCUCCCUGCACCUUUUCCAUUCAUCCAUUUCUCGAGUAAAUCAAGUCAACGCAGAGAGGAGCAUAAUAUGAACUCGCUGGUGUGGGUGCUGAUGCAAGCAGUGCAAACAGUUCACUAUUGAUGACCUCAUUAGUGUCGAAAAGGAUUUGGGGAAUCUACAACUCACGUUGUGAAUUUGAGUCAUUGCUAUUGCUAUUUUUCCAAGGGGCAAGGAGAGCCAUGCAUUACCCACAAAAAGUGUGUUCUAAUGGGAAAAGUGGUCAUAUUCACUCGUGUGGUUAGUGCAAAUGAAAAUCUAUUGUUAAAUGGUUGGUUGUCUAUGUCUCGAGAGAGAAGUUAAGCAUCUCAAUAGCCUCUAUGUGCUGGAGUGCUCCUGUGUUUAUUGUGUGUACGUGCAUAAUGUGUCCUGUUUGGUUAAGCUGUAAUGGAAAGGUAGGUAAAAGUUUGGAAUGAGGUUUGGCUAGAUUUUAACCUUUUUAAAGACAAAACGUCUUAAAAAAACUGAUUCGGUAAACAUUACAUGAUCCUAGGACUUUUAUACGGUUCGUAAAGACUAAGUAUAUCCCUGGUAUCCUUAUUUUCAAUAUGGCAUCAAACCUGACUAAGGUGUGUAUCAGAGAAUGUCACAAUCUGCUGAUAGACCGCUACACUUGCUCACGGGGAUGGUGGAUGUUGACUGUGAAUGCGUGUUGGAUGUAUAUUUAUAUGACUUCACCUCUCGACCCUUGAGUUUGAAAGUCUACAUGCACAAAUGGCUAGCAUCUGGCAAUGCUUUUCAUGAAUCGAAAGGUCAGGUAUAUAAAUUGUUUUAUUUUUAUAAAUAUUUAGCUUUUAGUGGAACUAAAGAACGCUGGUCUUUACGGAUCGACCGUGAGACCUUUUGGCGUUUUCUAUGCUCCCUAGCGAGGCUUGGGUUAUUUUUUUUAUUGAUUGAAAGGUAUAAUUUUUUUUUGUCACUCUAGAUUGGUUCUAGAGAACUUUCACAUUCAUGUGCUGCUUUAAUUUUGUAAAUUAUAAAUGUGUGAGUGACUACAUUGUUUAUAUGAAUGUUUUUUACCUGUACAAUAAAAAAUGGGUGAGCUGAUGGCGAUUUUAUUUUACUAAAGCGGAGUGUUGAGUGUGAUUGGCUUUCAGUCUUUGGAUAAAAUAGAGUACUGAUUCUAUGAGAAGCAUUUACGGUACAUAAUUGUUAUAUUUUUGUCCAGUUUAUCAAGAUUGCAAAACCAUAAAGCAAUUCAGAUUUUUUAAGUGUCUUUUUAGUUUUGUUUCUCCAAUAUCUGUGAAAUAUUGUGCAUGUCCAGGAUGGCAAACCUCAGUCAAUUAUGUAAAAAAAUAUUGAUAUAUGUAUAGCCCCUGAGUAUUCUUUUAAGCUUUCAUAUUUGAAAUCCUAUAUAACUAAACAUGGAACUCAAUGUUUUGUGAGCUUUGCCAUCCUGAUAUGUAUCUACAGACAGAGAGGACUAUAAUCAAGUCCUCAGUUGUGCUUGCAACACAGUUCGUCUUGUGGGUUGUGGUAAUGUUGAAAUUAACAUCCCGAUCUACAUUGUUAAAUUGCUAAAGAAAACCAAAGCAGGAAAGCAGUGAAUCGUUAAAUGUUGAAAGUAUCUGGCAGAAUUAACAGUGUCCCAAAUCUGCUUUUCCUUCUAGAUGAAUGAAAUGGAAAUCAAUUAACAGCCAGUCAAAUGUAAUGUUCACUCAUUUGUGUACUUGUCAAUUACAAAAUGUGGUAUCUAGGUCGAAAAUGUUAUAGCCAGCUUUUUAUUUUCGUCAGUGGUGAUGUGUGUGAUAUCAGCGCCUCUAGAGGCAGCAAACAGAAAUGCAAAUGUUUUUUUUUUUUUAUAUAUUACUAAACCAAUGGCAUUUUUUUAGGCACAGCUAACAGUUUGCUGGAGUAAUGACAGUUUUUUGUUUGGUCAGAUGAUUAGAAUUGGGAUAAUUUAUUUUUGAUCAGAAAUGCUAUAAAAUAAUGAAGUAUUAAGGAUCACCCAAAAAAAUUACAAAGUGUAUAAAAAAAAAAAAAACUGAUCUAAACAACAUUUUGCAGUUUGAAAUCCAAUUAUAGUCAUUUUUGCAUUUGUUGGAAUAUGUCUCAAUGUAACAAAAAACAAUUGUAACGUCAUACAUUGCAUAUUGGUCAGUCUGUGUCCGAAUAUAGCCUACUAACUUUUGAUCACUUCUUCCCCCAAAAGGCAAAUGUUCAAGUUGGUUUUCUCUUUAUAGACCGCUCCUCAAUUACUCUUAAAGAAGGUAUUUUGGUACAUGUACUGUAACACUGGAUAUUGACUGUUUGAACAAACUGAUCAGAUUUUUUACUAGUUAAAUGAAAUAAAUCAGUCUCAGAGAAACCAGUUAGUAUGCAACUGAAGAAAACAUUAUUUUUGCUGUUCUGUUUUGAGUCUCUGGCGGUGUGUAAAUGUCCCAUUUCGCCAGAAGUGAGUGUCAUUGCACGAGAUGAUGUUGUUACUGGACCUUUUUGUGUCUGUAGUUUUGCCACUUUGUUUGCCACACACACAACAUA